CUGGGGGAGGGGCCAGGGGGCCCACGGAUCCUAUGCCCACCCACCGGCCCCGCUAGACACAUGUGUCUGUCCCGGUGUGGGAAGGCAGUCCUGGGCCAAGAAGGGCAGUUUGGGGUUGGAGAAUAAGGGCCAGGCAGAAGUUUUGGGGGAGCACAAGGGAGCGGAGCUUAGGAAGAUCCGUCCAGAGGCCGGUCCCCGGAUCCACAGGUCCGAUUCCCAAAGGAGCUCUGCCCGAGAGGGAAGAUUUCAACGCCCCAUCAUCUGGCCCGCUGCUCCGAGAGAGGACCCCAGGAAUCCCCCCGACAUUGGCGGCCCCAAGGCCGGGAAGAGAAGCCAAGAUGUCCAGUGACCCGCCUCCGCCCUACCCCGGUGGCCCUUCGGCACCCCUGCUCCAAGAGAAAAACGGGAUGCCCCCCAGCACAGGCCGAGGUUCUCCGGCUGUUACCCAACCCUCUGGCGUGCCCCUGCCCCCCGCGGAUUUUGGGCCUCCACCUUACGAGCCGCCGCUCCAGCCGGGCUUCAUCCCGCCGCACCUGAGCGCGGAGGGCACCUACGUGCCUCCAGGUUUCUAUCCGCCUCCUGGCCCCCACCCGGGCAUGGGCUACUACCCCGCCACCGGGCCCUACCCCACCCCUGGGGGCCACACCGCCACCGUCCUCUCCGGCACGGCUACCACGGUGACGGUGCUGCAGGGGGAGAUCUUCCAGGGGGUCCCGGUGCAGACGGUGUGCCCCCACUGCCAGCAGGCCAUCACCACCAAGAUCUCUUACGAGAUCGGUCUCAUGAACUUCAUGCUCGGCUUCUUCUGUUGCUUCAUGGGGUGUGACCUGGGUUGCUGCUUGAUCCCCUGCCUGAUCGAUGACUUCAAGGACGUGACACACACGUGUCCCAACUGCAAAGCCUAUAUCUACACGUACAAGCGCAUGUGCUAACGGAGCCCCCCACCCCGCGGGAGCCGGGCUCCAAGACUGCCAUCUCCGCUCAGCGUCCUCUCUGCUUGUCCAUCGGUCCCCCCGCGCUUUGCCGCCUCCGCUCCUUCCCCUCCACCCCCUCCGCUGCUCUCUUCUCACCCCUCCCUGCUUGGAAAUAGCCCGAGGUCCCCCCAGGAACCACUCUCCUCUCAACCCUCGGUCUGCCCUCCUUCCCGAGGCUACUUGGGUCACUGGGGGCAGCCUCGGGCUCUACGUCGUCCACGCCUUUAUGUCUCGUUUAGGGGCGAGACCGGGGUUGUGGUAGGAAAGUGGCCCGGGCCACACGGGUGCCCACGCCCCAGGCUCACCUCUGCCCUCUCUCCAGUGACCCCAGACAGCACCGUCCAGGCAACCUGGAGCUAGGGCCCAUGCCCUCUGACGAGCAGGUUGCUCCAAAGGCUACCUGAGGCCUGAACUCUCAUCACCGAAGCCUGGGCUUUCGGCCCAUCCGUCUACAGGGCCGGCGCCUGAGCUUCUUCCCCUGGUGUGGGGUUGGGGGCGGGGAGGAUGUUCUUGGGGUGGAGAGGCCCAAGGAAGGCAAGGGCUGGGUGUGGCCAUCAUCUCGGUGCCAUCCGGCAGCGGGGCUGGAGCUGGGGGUGAUGGAAGGGACCCUUCUUCUACGAAGGGUGAAGGCAGAGGGGCAGAGGAAUCAGAGUCACACUCUUGGCUCCGGUUGGUGGCAUCUGAACAUCUCCUCGGGUUUGAACUGGGAUGGGGCCCGGGUUGCCCUCCUACCUUGAACGGCCGCUUUUUCCCGAGGGGGUGGAGAGUGGCGAGCUUAGGCCUCCGGCAGCAAAAAUAUCGCCCAUCUGAGGUUGGCUCAGGAGACUCCAAGGCUGGCGAGCGGUUGGCGACGCCGUCUCCUCGUUCCCCUCACACCCAGGGUUGGAGGGCCGGUCCCGGACACCUUACCCCUCACCCACCCAAGAAACGGGGCCCCUCGUCUACCGGGCGGUCCCCGGUCCGGCUCACCUCGGUCAUUCCAGGCCGGGAGGUGGGGGGAGCCGGUGCCGUAGGAUAAGCCAGAGAAGAUGAGGUAGACUUCCCCCAUCCCCUCUUCCCAGACUCCCCAAUGGACAGUGAAAUGAAGAAUUCCCAAUCCUGCCUCCGAGCCCCGCUAUUCCUUUCAGCCCCCACCAAGGGCGGGCGGCAGGAAGGAUAGCCCCGCGGUCCUACUCCUGUCGGUCCUGCGCGUCCCUGGUCCGCGGGCCACUUGUACUGUGCCUGGGAGAGAUGGAGUGGAGGGGGAAAGUCCCCGUCCCCCUGCAAUCCAUGAACUCAGAGAGACUGUUUCCUCACGGCCGGCUAAGUGGCACUGUAAAUACCCCUCGUCUGUUCCGAUGUAAUUUAAUUCUCUCGCUGGCUCCGA